AUGUCGUCGUCGAAUGCUUUCCUCGCCACCUCGCGCGCCCCCGGUCGCCCUCACACACUCGAUUGGCACCCGGGUGCGUGGUGGUUUGCGGCUGGAGUUAACCCCGAUCAUACUGACCUGGCCCGGGCCAAAGAGAACGCGGAGAGGGUGCAGAGGGAGAGGGUGGAGGUUAUGAGGGCGAAUCCCUGCCCCCAGGGACUCCUUUGUGAAGUUGCUUCGGGACGAAGAUUCUCGCCCGAGCGCAAGACGGGCGUGGCCAAGCCCAAAGUUGCCGUUCGUGAGCGCCAGGGGGGUAGUCCUGCUGGGAUGGUUUUGGGAAAUGUUGGGAUGAAGGAGAAGGUUGGGAGGUUGGGGGUGGACUGGUUGAGGCAGCGGAGGGGUGGGUCCAAUGCUGUAACGGGCACAGAUUGGAUUGGGGUGUUCAAGCAGUUGGUGGAGUGGGUGGUUGGCGAGGUGGGCGAUAAACUCACUGUUGCUGGGUUUAUGGUGUUUUUCGCGCUGUUGUGGGCCGUGGUCAUGACGGUGGUGUGGAUGGUGCAGGCGGUUGGCCAAAUAUGGCAUACCUGGUAUGGGCAGCAGAAGAUUGUAGUCUUGGAGGAGGUUGAUUCCGAGGGCAGGGAUCGCCACAGACCGGCUUUCCUUGAUAUCAAUGUGGAGGAGAUGGCUGGGAGUUUGCUUGGGAAGCGGAGGGAGAAGGGCACCGGUGUUGUUGGGGCCGAGGCUGAAGAUAUCGAGGCGUUUAGCGGACGGCUCAAAUCUUUCGCUACUAAGCAUCCGGGUCGUCGUGGGAGGAGCUCGCCAUAG